AUGAAAAAUAGCCAUUCAAUAAGAAGUUUCAUUUUUUUAAAUUUUAUUUCCAUUGUUGUUUGUGAUAAAUUUGACGAACUUCCUUCAGUGGAAGAACUUCAAGAUAUUAAAAAACCGGAUUUGCCUGAAGAUUUUUUUUUAACGCUAAAUUAUACAGCUCCUAAUCUUGUUUACAUAGAAGUUGGAUCCUUCUGGAUAGAAUCAUGCGCGUAUUUAGGUGCAAUGCAAAGAAUUAUGCCAAAUCCGUUGUUUUUUUGGUAUGGACCUAAUAGCAGAAGACCGGUUUUUGGACACCGAUUCAUACCUCUCAGCUCUGGAGACAUGGUUUUUAUGCGUCCAACACCGAAGGAAACGGGGACUUAUUAUUGCAGAUUAGCUAAUAAUGAAGUUCAGGAUUAUUUUGAAGAAUAUGUUAGAUCGGUAAUUAUAUUUACACCUCCUGUGUGGAUACGCGAAAUAUUUUUGCAUUUUUUAGUUCCUUCCUGUUCAAAAAAGGUUAAAGAUUAUAUCACAAGUUCGGCCAAAAAAUAUUUAUGCAAGCAAGACACAGAUUGUUUGUAUCAGACUUAUCUCGUAAAGUGCAGUUCAACUUCGGAGUUUGAAGAAAUGCAAGAAGCCCGCUUACUUAUUCGUCAGUAUUUACACGAAACUUUUCCAGCGUUGCUACCUCCUAAUUGUGGUAUAGAAUGUUUUAAUGCACGAUCUAUAGAAGAACUAGAAACAUUUUCAAAUCUUACUUUAAAAGAAUUACGAACAUAUAUGAGAUUAGUUCAUCGAGAAACUGUACAGAUGCUUUUGCAAGAUAAAAAAACAACUAUGAAACCCCGUCCAGUAUGUAAAGAAGGAUAUGAGUUGUUCAAUCACAACGUUUGUGUACCAUGCGAUAUCGGAUAUGCACGCCAUUUCAACAUUGACGAUCAAAAAUGUUAUGCAUGCGGCAUGCUUAGUUACUCACCAGUACUUGGAAAUCAAGAAUGCCUCUAUUGCCCAAUUUUUAAAUUAACGGCUAAAUUUGGCUCAACAAAAUCAGACGACUGCAUAUAUUUUUUUCAGUCACCGAUUGCUUUGGUUCUUUUAAUACCGUUAUUAGUACUUUUAAGCCUAAUUAUCGGUUUUGUUGUGUCCGUUUGUUGCGCUACUGAUACGUCAAAAAGGGCAAAAUCGUUCCAAUUUUUUCAGGAAUGUUUUUGCAAUGACCAAAAUAAGGUUAAAUACAAAGAAUUACAGAAAAAAGAUGAAAUGUUAAUGCAAAAACUCCGAAGUAAAAUUAGAUAA